AUGCAAGCAGAAAGGGCUGUACAAAAGUCAAGGGCAACGGAUGUUGUUGCCAACGUAACGCCGAUAGCUACAAAGCCUGAGAAAAACAGUUCAAAUGCCCAUUCAACAUUGCUUAACAAGCAGAGUCAAGAACACGCACAAAUAAACAAGCAAUCAUUUGAAUACGUUUUACGAAGCGGACUUGCCGGAGGCUUAGCUGGGAUAUCUGCCAAGUCUUUGAUUGCUCCUCUUGAUAGAGUGAAAAUUCUUUUUCAAACAAACAACCCCCACUACAAACAAUAUGUCGGAUCGUUUAAAGGAAUGUUUAAAGCAAUACAAACCAUAUACUCUAGGGACGGAAUUCUCGGCUUAUAUCAAGGCCAUUCAGCCACAUUACUGAGAAUCUUCCCCUAUGCUGCAAUCAAAUUUGUUUGUUACGAACAAAUCAGAACAAUCUUGAUACCUAAUGAUGAAUAUGAAACAGCAGGACGUAGGCUCCUUGCAGGAUCAUUGGCAGGUGUAACUUCCGUAUAUUUUACAUACCCAUUGGAUUUAAUCAGAGUUAGAUUGGCAUUUGAGACAUCGCAUCAUUCAAUACAUCACGGAAAAGGAAAAUUGUUCCAUACGCUAAAACUGAUAUACAAUGAAAAACCUAAAACUAUGCUUCUAUACAGAUCCAGAGUUGCUGAUUAUUUCCCAUGUGUUCUUUCACUGUCAAACUUUUAUCGAGGGUUUGUUCCAACAAUCUUAGGCAUGAUACCGUAUGCAGGUGUUAGUUUCUAUUCGCAUGAUAUUCUUCACGAUUUUUUUCGAAACAAGUGGUUGGCUCCAUACACAGUCAUGAGCGAUAAGUCCAAAUCAGCCACGCGAUCAGACUCUUCAUUUGACCAUAGACCCCCUUUAACAACUUGGGCGCAAUUGCUGGCCGGUGGUGGCGCCGGUAUGCUGGCCCAAGCAUCCGCUUAUCCAUUCGAAGUCAUUCGUAGGCGUAUGCAAGUCGGUGGAGUUACGAACAAAUCUGGUGAGUUUUUUGGUUUGGCACAUACUGCCAAACAGAUAUUUAAAGAAAGAGGUUUUCGUGGUUUUUACGUUGGUUUGGGAAUAGGUUUCUUGAAAGUUGUUCCUAUGUUUGCAUGCUCUUUUUACGUUUAUGAACGUUGCAAAGAGCUCCUUCUCAUUUAA